GAGUGAGAAACAAACUCUCUUCGGUUGAGAUACUAUCGUGCGACAAACAGCCCUAGUUAGAGGGUUUCGCUCAGUCUCGAACGUCCCCCACGUUAGUUUCCUCGAGUACGCGGACGCGGUCUGCGUGUUCUAAGGGGUGCACAGCAUUGGCAUAUGGGAAGUUUACAGUUGUCUGGAAUAUGUUAUAGCUUAGAAUGCGCAGUGCGGGUAGUGUAUUGUUCUCGCAUGUCGUGUUGACACAUCAAGGUCAAUUUCUUUGUUUACUGCAUGAAGUCAAGUAUUACUUUGGUUCCUUUCUUUUGCAAACCCAUUGUAAAAAUUCACAAAUCAAUUAGAUCAUAAGUUUCUUUUAAAUUAAACUGGUGAAGAAUUAAAGCGCAACGAAAACGGCCAGGCUGGUACCGGUACCGCUUGUCACUCCCUCUCGGGGUCGUCAUAUUACUUUUACCUGCAUUCCUUGAGAAAAGUGACAAUACUUUUAAUUAUCAUAAUUAAUUAAUUAAUUAUCAUACUUAAUUAUCAUGGUGAUGCCUCAUAAAUUACAAAUCACAAAAGGAAAGGACACUCGCGGUGUUGACCGGAGUCGCUAACGAGAUCAGCUAUUGCUGGCCCCGCUGGUCCAGGCCAUGAUCGGUCCCUUCUUUCCCAGGGCCUUUAUCCCACAGCAACGUGGUAGCCGAUCUCAGUGCCGUUUUCGUGGCAGUAUCGUCGACGAGGACGAUGACGAACAGCUUAUAGUUUUAGAGGAAGUGCUUCACGAAAAUUUAGGACGACUUGAUUGUCCUUACCAAAAGGAAGAGCGUAUAUUUCGCCUAACUGGAAGCAGAAAGGACCGCUACUACGCCACGCGAAGACGAAGACGACGACCAUUCGCCGGGCCGGCGUUGAUCCUCGUAGCGACGGCUGCUGCAUUCCUUGUUAUUUUGGUUUCUACAGUGGCAGGUACAACAAACGACAAGGAAGAAAAUUCGAGGAAAACUGUGACUAAGGAUGCAAUAGACUUUUUGGACAUAAGGUCCAGGUUCGGUGGCGAUGCUGGGGGUGUUGUAGAUUUGCUUGCAGCAUUACAAUUGCACAACACUACACAUGAAGGCAUUACUCAGGUACCGGGCCUUGCAAGGCUAAAGCCUGCAUACUACCUUCAAGGUGAGGAGAGAGAGCUUCGACUGAGCGAGACAAAUUUUCAAAAAGCAGCCUCACUUCUCCGGAGGGUACCGGAAUUCACAAUGGUUGCCAUUUUACGGCAAGAGGAAGAAAAUUCUGGAACAAUAAUUGCCUUUUCCCAUGGAAACAAUAGGUAUCUGGAGCUGCAGAGCAGUGGUCGUAGAGACGAACUGCGACUUCAUUACGUGUCACGUCAAGACGGGGCUGUUCAUGUUGAAGAAUUUCCUUUUCGGUUAGCGGACGGAGCAUGGCAUAAGGUCGCCCUUAGCAUAAGCGGCUCGCAGGUCGAGCUCUUGAUCGACUGCCAUCCUCUCUACAGACGCCUCUUGAGACCAGGCCCACCCGACACGAACUUUACUCUACCUCUUCUGCAACUUUGGAUAGGCCAAAGGAACGCGAGGCAUUUUCUAUUUAAGGUAGUAGCUCAACCUGAAAGCCAGCUGCCUGCUUCCCAGCGAACAAGAGCGAAAGCGGAAGCUCUAAGGUACAGCGUCCUGGACGCCGCGCCGCGCAUAUGGAUUUAGUGGUACGCAGAAGGUUUCUUCGGCCUACUAACUUCCAGAUCAAAUAAGUGGCUUUCUCAGGUGUCAGAAUGAACAUCUUCACGAUUUAUAUGCUGCUUCAUAAAUCUUCAAGAACUUUCAAUAUUUUGGGUGAGUGUCUGUAGUUAUAAGUUGGGAGAUAUGACCGCGGAGGGGGAGGUUUUUACAUAACAAGUAUACGGGUUCAAGCGACCAGGAUCUGAUUCUUAGUCUUACUUUGACGUUUUAGUUCAUAAAUCAACGGCUCCUAUGUAAACAGCGUAAAAGGUCAUGCAACUAAUAAAAACGUAAUUCAACAUCUGGGUCAAUAAAAAAGUAACUCUCCAUUAGCGUUAAUAU